AUGAUCAAAAGAGCCGAGAUGCCACCCGGGACCCCAACCAAACGACGACACGACCAGGGCUUCAGCAGUCUCAGCUUAGAUCACAUUCCCCAAGACAGCAGCCAUAAUAAAAAUAACAACAGCAAUUUGACCAAGCAUGGGCAUGCUGUCCCGCCAUUGUUGUCCUACUCAUCAUUGACGCUUCCCGAUGGUCACGUGACAGGAAAUAGCCAGUCCUUACUUUCUCCCUCUAACGUACGUCGAAUGAGGAGAAAUUCCUCUUCCUCCUGUCGCGGUGAUCACGGUGAUAAGAGUUGCAUAACUCUGCUAACUUUUGCCAAGGCUGUUCACUUAGUGUACACAGUACUUGCCAAAGGAGUGAAGCGAGCAGUCGGAUCCCUGUUCGUGUCUCGGCCCAGACGGCGUCUGCCAGUGGGCCACAUCGAUAUUGUUGAACAGGCCCACUGGAUAUGUACAGAUUAUAUUCUCCACAAGCUGGCGUCAAAGAAGCUCAUGAGUCGGAAGGUUGGCCUGUCAGCACCAGGUUAUUCUAAAUCUGUUCACGUGAUUAAUGCCGCCUUAUCAUUGGAGUUGGCUCAUCCAAUGACAUACAGUAACGUGUCCAGGAAACUAUGCAUGACAAUGAGUUCUGCCAAAGUUGUUCGGACCACGCUGACGUCGUUAUUGACGGUAUUAUUUGAGGGGGACAUCACCUGGGGAAAGGUGGUGUCCAUGUUUGCUGUAGCUGGUCUCUUUGGGGAGGAGUGUGCCAGUCAGGGUCACGCGGACUUCGUUAAGGAAGUGAUAGAUGUUGUGGCCGACUUCACAGGCAGCCGACUGUUGCCUUGGCUAACCUCACAAGGGAGGAUGG